AACAGUGCAACGACGUGGUACCCAGCUGUAGUUUCCAACUUUAAACAUUAGUGGAUUUCGUUUAGGGAAGUGUACCAGUGAAUUUAAUUCUUGUAAAUAAACAUGGGACGCAGAUGUGCUAAAAGGAAGCUAGUUCCCAAGAGGAAAGUUGUGGUACCAUUGGAUGAAGUAUUUAAUUGCCCCUUUUGCAAUCACGAGAAGUCUUGCUACAUCAAAAUGGAUAAGGGUCGAAGUAUAGCAAAAACAAGGUGUGAAGUUUGUUUGGAAGCAUUUCAAACUAGAAUACACCUUCUCUCAGCACCAUUGGAUGUGUAUAACGACUGGAUCGACGCUUGUGAAUCUGUAAAUUAA